GGCGACGGGCGGGGUCGGGGGCGGCUGACGCGAGGCGGGGGCGCAGGACUGCGUGUCCGUCCUGGGUUCUCGCGGGGAAAGAGCCGCACGUCCGCUGCGAAGAGGGGAAGCGGGAGGCGGCGCUGCGGCCGCGGCCCCCGGAGUGACGGCCGCCAGAGGUCGCUGCGCCCCGGGGCUCCGCGGUGCCUUCCGUUCUUCCUGUGAAAUGGCUGCAGCGCGAGGUCCGUGCUGACGCUGGAGGCGCCGUUCCCGUCUGGAUGGACCAGGGCUCCGGUGCCGAGAGUCGCGGUGGCCUCGGGGCCUUGGCAGGUCGGCGAGUGGCGGGGACCGGGGGCCCCUCGCCCUGCCGUCACUUUCUCCCCUUCCUCGGCCCGAGCAGGUGUCCCCUCUCCCGAGCGUCUGCGGGCGGGGAGCCGGGCCUGGCCUCCAGGACGCGGGAGGCCGCCUGAUGGACACGCGCGCAGCUCCCCCCCCACCGGCGUCAGGUGGUGGCCAGGCUGCUGAGCAGGGGGCUCGGAGCAGAGGGCUGGCGGCUUCGGGAGAAGGGGAGCACCGCGGAGAGACGGUGCCCGGCCUGUGCCUGGGGCCUCCCCCGGCCUGGGACCUCCCCGGCCGCUGUGGGAAUGCGGACACUGGCGAGGGGCCCAGGGAGGCCCCGCGGGGACCAGCUGUUUCUGAGAAAACCGGAGGGCAGGGCGGCCAGGAGGACGGUGUGUCCGGGUCGGGCGUCGCCCUGAGCUCGGGCUCAGGGACCAGGCGGCCUUAUGCCUGCAGCGCCUGUGAGCGGAGCUUCCGGUGCUACUCAGACGCGGUCAAACACCGGAGCAUCCACUGCGGGGAGAAGCCCUACGCGUGUGGCGACUGCGGCAAAGCCUUCAUCCACAGCUCGCACGUGGUCCGGCACCAGCGGGUCCACAGCGGGGAGCGGCCCUAUGUGUGCAAGGAGUGCGGCAAGGCCUUCAGCCAGAGCUUCAACCUCAUCCGGCACCAGCGAGUUCACACCGGAGAGCGGCCCUACCAGUGCGCCGAGUGCGGCCGGACCUUCAGCCAGAGGUCGGACGCCGAGAAGCACCGGAGGAUCCACACGGGGGAGCGGCUGUACGAGUGCGGGGCCUGCGGGAAGGCCUUCGUCCACGGUUCCAACGCCGCCCGCCACCGGCGGACUCACCAUGGGGAGAGCCCCUACGCCUGCAGGGAGUGCGGCCAGGCCUUCAGCCAGAGCUCCAACCUCAUCCAGCACCAGCGGGUGCACACGGGCGAGAAGCCCUUCGCCUGCCAGGAGUGCGGGCGCGCCUUCAGCCGCAGCUCCUUCCUCCGCGAGCACCGGCGCAUCCACACCGGCGAGAAGCCCUACGCCUGCGGCGAGUGCGGCCGCGCCUUCCGGGCCCUGUCGGGCUUCUUCCGGCACCAGCGGGUGCACACGGGCGAGAAGCCCUUCCGUUGCGCCGAGUGCGGGCGCGCCUUCCGCCUGAGCUUCCAUCUCAUCCAGCACCAGCGGGUCCACAGCCGGGAUGGACGGGCGCCGCUCCCCCAGGGGCAGACGGGGACACUUCCCACUGAGACUUGUCUUCGCAGCCCAGGUGUCUCCGUCUGACUCCCAGGGAUGGAGUGAGGCCCCGCAGCGAAGCUGAUCGGCCUCUGGGACCGCCCAUCGCCGAGCCCCCCGCACCCCCCGCCAGCCGUGAGCUCCCCGCGGUCACGUGUCUCUGCUGGUUCUGGGAUUUACACUCAGAGCCCGGCAGGCGCUUGUGCUAUUUAAGUAUUUAUGACGUCAGAGAGGAAGGGAGAGGGCGGGACAUCAAGAUGAGAGGGAAUCAGGGAUCGGCUGCCUCCUGCUCGCCCCGCACGGGGUGAAGCCCACAACCCGGGCCUGUGCCCUGACCGGGAAUCGAACCCGGACCUCCUGGCGCACAGGUCGGGGCUCUGCUUGUUUUGAGUUGGUCCGUGGGCGCAGCGUCUGCACUCGGGACUGGACUGGUCAGAGGUGAGAGGACGCGCAGGCGCCGUAACGCCCAGAAGGUCCCAGAACAUCAUCAGCGCCGACGGCAGCCAGGAGCACAGGUCGUGGGGGCUGGGCCCCGGGAGGAGCCUGAGCG